UUUUCAUCUUCGUUUCACCUCCUCCCCCAGUAGCAGCAGAGGCCAGAGUCUUCAAGUCGCAACCCUUUUGCGCUUCGCUGCUUGAUGAUUUCUCUUUGCAAGUACAGGACGAACAAUUUAUUGUGUCGAUGAUUUCUCUUUGCAAGCAGAUUUGUCAAGAUGUUUACCAGCCAGAAGAAAAUCCAAAAAGACAAGGGCCUGGAACCCACUGAAUUUGAGGUGACAGUUGCACAGGCGCUCUUUGAUUUGGAGAAUACUAACCCGGAGCUAAAAAGUGACCUAAAAGAUCUGUUCAUCAACUCUGCUGUACAGAUGGACUUUGCUGGAAGUCGCAGAGCUCUUGUCGUUUAUGUUCCCUACAGACUGAGGAAGGCGUAUCGCAAGAUUCAUAUCCGCCUUGUUAGAGAGCUAGAGAAAAAAUUCAGUGGAUCGGAUGUCGUCCUCGUUGCUACCAGAAGGAUUGUGCGGCCACCAAAAAAAGGCUCUGCUGUUCAGCGUCCCCGUUCCCGCACGCUAACAUCUGUCCACGAGGCAAUUCUUGAGGAUGUAGUGUAUCCUGCUGAAAUUGUUGGGAAACGCAUCAGAUACAAGCUUGAUGGAUCCAAAAUAAUGAAGAUCUUCUUGGACCAAAAGGAGAAGAACAACACGGCAUAUAAGCUGGAGUCACUUUCUGGGGUUUACAGGAAGCUCACUGGGAAAGAUGUAGUUUUUGAAUAUCCGGCGUCUGAUGCACAAGUAGCUGCUUGAAUGGGGUUUUGUUUUUUUGGCAUUAUUUAGUCUAUCUGUUAUUUUAGUUAGGUUACAGUUGAAACUCAGGAAGUUUUCCUCUAGACUUGAUGUACGAAUCCUUUAGCAUAGGCUGGCACAAUUUUUUAAGAUAGAGGAUCUUGUUUCUUUUUGUGUGAUUUGAAAA